GGUCCAUGAGCGUUCCUCUCGGCGAGGCCAUACUGUCGGAAGUGCGCUCGCUUCGCAUACGGGCGGAUUUCGGGUCCAAAAGACUUGACCGAAAAGUCGUAGCCCCAGACCUCGCAGUGUUCCGUGUUCGCCAGGAUGUCCGCUUCGAACGAAGAUUCGUGAUUGUUCCCUGGUGCAUCUUCAGCAAGUGGACGCCCCAACACCGCGUAAACUGAGCACCGAAAGAAUAUAUGACGCAAUUGGGCUUGGUCUCCAACCGGGUGAUCCCGCACACCCACUUUCCUCCGUCGCCCAACGCGCCCAGUCGCUGGAUUUCGUGUGGACAAUUGAAUGCGGCGGGAAAGAAGCUCCCUAGUCCAACUGUAAACGGGCCUUCAUGUUGAGAUCAACCGAGAGAAUGCCGCACAGACGGUGUAUGCAGGCCAAGGGUCCUUGUUUGCGGGGAAGCUAUCCGUUCAAGGGUCACGACCUAUCCUCGGAACGCUUGCACGCGAUUGGGACGCACAGAGAUAUGUCACUGGGACGCGGGCCGAAUUUCUGAAUCAGCGCCUGGCGUUCGUGCAGGACCUUGCUGUAUAUCCUCUCCGACUCGGCAAUGCGCCGAGGGAGGUCGGGAUCCUCGAUAUGCUCGUGGACGUGUACGGGAGGUGGAGGCGCAUCGAAGGGCCCCACGAGGUAAAGAGUGAAGACAAGAGCCACUAGUAUUAGCACGACAUAACGUGGGUGCCGCAGGUAAGCCGCCGACAUGGCGGAGAGAGAUGAUGAGACCACACCCGCGCCUGCGCGUUUGGAGUGAUCGGUGAUGCUGACGCUGCAGCGCUUAUGUGGCCCACUUAAAGUUAAUAUGCCGGCCCGACAAAGCUGCGAGUUGCGCCCUUCAACUUCGACCACAUCCACCGUUACCCUACCCACCAAAUUCAUCGAAGGCUGACCCGAAUGUAUCGAAUUUCAGGCUAGACGCGGGGCCCGGGCCGACCCGGAAACGUUGAGAGCCGCAUCGGCUCAUGAAUAACAAAUUCCGGAGACCCGGUGGGAAACCCGCAUUGACAAUGGCGGUUGCUCAACAACCGUAAAUACACAUUUAUUCAUUCGCGCCCGCGCCCAAUCACCUAAACUAUUCUGCUUCUUAUCCACGACUGUUUCGCUGCGUUGACCGCGAGCCAACAUGGCGUUUGACCUUCCCAGUCUCCGAAUCGUUUCCUACGCAGCUCUCGCAGUCUUCUCGUUCAUCAAUUGGUGCCUCACGAUUGCACGGCUGAGCUACACCAGCAACCUCCCGCGCGGAGACACUCUGAAUGGCGACCCCGACAUCGUCGAACUUCUUAUCACCUGCAUGAUGUCUAUCGCAUGGGCGCUCUUCCUCAUUCGCACGAUUUAUCAACGUGUAGAGGGCAACCUCGUGUCUACCUUCCGCGGCGAACUGGUUGGGUUGUUCGUGAUCUGGAUGUUUUGGACUGUCGGGGGUGCGAUUGCCAGUCAAUCUUGGGGCAACCUUGGCUGGUGCGCGCAGUUCCAAGCCUGCCAAAUCCUGUCUGCGAUCGUCGCCUUCUGCUGGCUGUCGUGGCUGGCUGUCACAUUCAAUCUGGGUGUCAGCCUCACGUUCAUCGUUGCCAAUAAUGCGCUUCUGGAGCCGCUGCACGGACAAUGGGUCGGCCCUGCCGUUCCGAACACCUCGCAAACGGGCAACAGCCGUCCGGUCUCUGCUGUCUGACCAACUUCCUCUGAAUGGACUGUAUAAUCUCCCGGUACAUAUGUUGUAUGCGUGCAUUGACUCUCUUUUCCCUCUGUCGCUCCCUGAAAUCCUGACUUUCCUUUGCGUAACAUAAUCACAAAUACAAGUUCGUUUGCAUUGGAGUACAACAUGUACAGUAGAUGUACAUAGCUUCACUGUGCCUCGGUGGCCUUGAGCCACAUUCCGCCCUCGGAGUACAUGGUGAGAUGCAUGCGCGGCUUGAACAGCUCGAUUCCCUUGCGGCCCGGGAAAGCAGCCCACUCGGCCGGCGGACGGGAUUCCGGAGGGAACGCCUCCUGGUCGAGCGAAAAGGAGGAGAAAUUUUGCAAGAGCCGGAUGAGGAUGAAUGACAUCUCGUUAUACGCGAACUGCAAUCUGUCAGCCGAUCAUUCAGAAAUCAUUCCCGAUCUCCUACCUGCUGUCCAAGACAGAUGCGGGGCCCGGCGUUGAAACUGCGUCGCCAAAGUCAACAUCGUCACAGCAGAUAUUUCUGCAGGCGGUGGUCCAAGAACCGAUCCGGGUCGAAUUCUUCAGCGUCGGGGCCCCACAGGUCUUUGCGCCGGUGCAUGAGCAACACGGAGUAGGGCGUUUGCGUCCCAGCCGGGAUGUAAAUCGGUUUCUCGUUGGGAUCGGGAGAUGGCCAGACGGUCGCGUUGACUGAUUCCCUGCGAGCGAGCGAGGUCAGCACGGA